GUGAGCCCCGGUGAAGGCGACUGACGGACAGAGAGAGAGAGAGAGAGAGAGAGAGAGAGAAGGGCUCGGAUUGAAACAUCCAGCCGUCUUUGACUCUCACUGGAAUAGCCUCAAACCGACUCGGAACAAAUGGUCUUAAAGGAUACGACAUCUUAGAAAUUGGAAGCCUGUCUCUGUGCAUGUAUUUGGGAUGAAGCACCUGUGGGACGUUCACUUCCUCCUGCUCAUCCUCCUCUACCUGUUAGGAGCCGUGACAUCGCAGGUCAACCCAGGUGUGUGUCGGUAUCCUCUGGGCAUGUCAGGAGGGCAGAUACAGGAUGAGGACAUCUCUGCCUCCAGCCAGUGGUCCGAAUCCACCGCCGCUAGAUAUGGCCGGUUGGACUUCGAGGAGGGCGAUGGCGCCUGGUGUCCAGAGAUAACAGUAGAGCCAGACAGCCUGAAGGAGUUCCUCCAGAUUGACCUUCGCUCGCUCCACUUCAUCACCCUCGUGGGCACGCAGGGCCGUCACGCUGGAGGCAUCGGUAAUGAGUUUGCCCAGAUGUAUAAGAUUAAGUACAGCCGUGAUGGGAGCCGCUGGAUCUCGUGGAGGAACAGGCAGGGCAAGCAGGUGAUUGAAGGAAACAGGAACGCCUACGACAUUGUGCUGAAGGACCUUGAGCCGCCCAUCAUCGCCCGCUUCGUCCGCUUCAUGCCCGUCACCGACCACUCUAUGAACGUCUGCAUGAGGGUGGAGCUCUACGGCUGCGAAUGGCUGGACGGUCUGGUGUCGUACAAUGCUCCCGCUGGAGAACAGAUGAACUUGCCCUCUCACCCUGUUUAUCUCAACGACACUGUCUAUGAUGGAGCUGUCAUCCACAGUAUGACAGAGGGUUUGGGCCAGCUGACUGAUGGAGUGUGCGGCCUGGAUGAUUUCACACAAAGUCACGUCUACAAUGUGUGGCCCGGUUACGACUACGUUGGCUGGAGCAAUGAGAGCUUCCCAAGUGGAUUUGUGGAAAUCAUGUUUGAGUUUGAUCGCACACGAAACUUCACCACCAUGAAAGUCCACUGCAACAACAUGUUCUCGCAGCACGUCAAGGCCUUCCGCCAGGUGGUGUGUUACUUCCGCUCAGAGUCAGACUGGGAGGCCUCGCCGCUCUCCUUCAGCCCCGUGGUGGACGAGAAGAACCCCAGUGCCCGCUUCGUCACCGUCAACCUGGCCAAUCACAUGGCCAGUGCCAUCAAGUGCCAGUUCUACUUUGCUGAUGCCUGGAUGCUGUUCAGUGAGAUCACCUUCCAGUCAGAUACAGCCAUGUACAACACAACGCUGGUGACACCCAAGCCAGAACCAACAGCAAACACACAACCAGAAGACGACCCCACCCACAAAGUAGACGACAGCAACACCCGGAUUCUGAUUGGCUGUUUAGUGGCCAUCAUCUUCAUCCUGGUGGCCAUCAUCGUCAUCAUCCUGUGGAGGCAGGUGUGGCAGAAGAUGUUGGAGAAGGCCUCUCGCCGGAUGCUGGACGAUGAACUAACCGCUAGUUUGUCAAUACAGAGCGAGACGUUCGCCUACAACCACAACCAGUCGAGCAUGACCAGCGAGCAGGAGUCUAAUUCCACCUAUGAGCGCAUCUUCCCCCUCGGCCCUGACUACCAGGAGCCAUCACGCCUCAUAUGCAAGCUGCCCGAGUUUGCUCAGAGCUCAGAGGAGCCUGCUUCAACCGGCACGACUGCUUCUAAAUCCACCACAACCACCGUAGCUCAAGACGGCGUCCCUCACUACGCAGAGGCAGACAUUGUAAACCUGCAGGGCGUGACCGGCAGCAACACGUACGCCAUCCCUGCUGUGACUAUGGACCUGCUGUCAGGGAAGGAUGUUGUGGUGGAGGAGUUCCCCCGAAAGCUGCUCACGUUCAAGGAGAAGCUGGGAGAGGGCCAGUUUGGGGAGGUGCACCUGUGUGAAGCUGAGGGAAUGCAGGAGUUCAUGAAUAAGGAGUUUUUAUUUGACAUCCCUGAGGACCAGCCAGUUUUAGUGGCUGUGAAGAUGCUCCGUUCAGACGCCAACAAAAAUGCAAGGAACGACUUCCUGAAAGAGAUAAAGAUCAUGUCACGUUUGAAGGACCCCAACAUCAUUCGCCUGCUUGCCGUGUGCAUCUACAGCGACCCUCUCUGUAUGAUCACAGAGUACAUGGAGAACGGAGAUCUCAACCAGUUCCUCUCCCGCCACGAGCCCGAGGGGCAACUGGCUCUGCUCAGCAAUGCACCCACUGUCAGCUUCAGUAACCUUUGCCACAUGGCCGCUCAGAUAGCGUCGGGGAUGAAGUACCUCUCCUCUCUGAAUUUCGUCCAUCGAGAUUUGGCCACGCGGAAUUGCCUGGUGGGCAAAAACUACACGAUAAAGAUAGCCGACUUCGGCAUGAGCAGAAACCUGUACAGCGGUGAUUACUACCGCAUCCAGGGCAGGGCGGUGCUACCGAUACGCUGGAUGUCAUGGGAGAGCAUCCUGCUGGGUAAAUUCACCACAGCGAGCGAUGUGUGGGCCUUCGGGGUCACCCUGUGGGAGAUACUGAACUUCUGCAAGGAGCAGCCCUACUCUCAGCUCACUGAUGAGCAGGUGAUAGAAAACACAGGGGAGUUUUUCAGGGACCAGAAAAGACAGAUCUACCUGCCUCAGCCCGUGCUGUGUCCGGACUCGCUCUAUAAGAUCAUGCUGAGCUGCUGGAGGAGGAACACGAAGGAACGGCCCUCCUUCCAGGAAAUACAUCGAGCCCUCCUGGACUAACAGCCGGGGCAAUGUGAGAGACAGUGAUUCCCAGUCUGCUCAUCUCUGGGGGACACGGUGCAUGACAAGAGCAGACCAAUGAUUCAGGCAGGAUCUAGGUUUAAGCUAUCUUGUUUCUUGUAGAGGAACAGGUUAAGAGCCACCUGUGGGCGCCAAGCUACGAUAUGGGAAACACUGUUUCGUGGACUUACACACCACAAAGACGGACUACCAGAGACUGUUGGUGUGCGUCCGUUUGAGUAUAACUAGCACAAUCACGUCGGGCUAACAUGUUUUAUAGACAUACAGGCAUUCUUAAUAAAAUCUACUCUGUUUCGUACGACACCAGAGCACACACAGAAACGUGACAGAGGGUUUGGUUGUGUUGAGAAGCCAAAGUUAAAAUGUAGCAAGUGACAUUCGGCACUUUUAAAAAUAUAUUUUGAUUUUCUUUUCUUUUCUUUUUUUAAAUAUGAGUUCAAAUCUCCCAUGUUACAGUGUUCGAUAAGAAACCUUCUUGUGUCUUCUUUUGGAAGACUGCUUGAAUGUAGAAAAGUGCAGCGAAGCAUUCACUGUCACAUUUUAGUAUAUUUCAAGUAUCUCAUCUCAGUUUCAUCUCAUCUAGAGCAACAAGGAAAUAUCAAGUAACUCAGUCUUUCUCUUCUCCUUGCAGUUUUUCCACAGCAAUUUGAACAUGAAGUGUAUAUGACUGUGUAUUUUCAAUAGAUGAGUUUUAAAUCUCAAAUAGCAAUAUUUUGUAUUAAUAUUUAUAUGUUAAUAUGUGUUUGUUCUGUCUAUAUUUUGUUGAUAUAUUUGUGGAUAAUCUCUCUUUGAGUUGUUUCGAGUAUUGUAUUUUUAUUUUCAGUAUUUUUCUGCUCACAUUUUCGAUUAAGAAACUGCUUUAGAAUAUUUUUUUUUUCCAACUGCACUGUACCACUUAAUGUCUUGAUAUUAACAGCAAGCUCUUUGAUACCUGAUCAGAUGUUGUCAGAUGUUUAUCAGGAUGCAGACCAUGUGUGAUGUCGGUUCAAAAGUAUGUGUUUACAGUCAGCUUUAUUGGGAAGACGUUCCUGAGUGUGUUUUAGGUGUUGAACCAGUUAAAGGAGACAUAUUUUGCUCAUUGUUUGGGUUGUUAGUAGAAUAGGUUUACAUGCUUUAAUGCUCAUAAAACACAUCAUUGUU